AUGGCUUCUAUACUGUCUUGGAAGAUAAUUCUACUUUUCGGCCUAUUGUCAACUAGCCUUGUAUUUGGAGAGAAUGCUAAUUCAGUAAAUCCAGAGUCUUCUUCAUUCCAGAGUCAACUGGGUUCGCUGAUAAGAGGCAAUAUGAGCUUGAAAUUUCUCAAUAUAACUCCAAGAUUUGCGUGUAAUAAUGAACAUGAGCCUUGGUGGAAUCUCUCGUGGGAACCCUUUAAUUCUUCAGACAAUGUUACAAUAACUAUCAGCAAGCAAAAUGAAACUAUUAAAACAUACAUUGCUCGUGACAUUGGUGAAUCUUCAUUUAAGCUGUCCAAAAAUAUAUCCACCUAUUAUCAAGUAAAAGUUUCAAACAGCUAUGGAAGCGCUAUCUCAUCAUUAGCUUCCAUUUCUUGUCAAGGCUUUCCACCCAGAGUUUCUUACCCAAAAACAAACGGAUCAGAAGUUAAUGUGAACACUACCAAAGCUAUAGUCAAGUGGGAUACUACCUGGUUCAGUAAAGCCUCUGAACCCUCCUCGAUCUUGAACAUUAGUUUUGUUGAUCAAGUGACUGAGUUGAAUUACACUUUUACAAAUAUCACAAACAAUGGAUCGGCCUUUGUAGAUAUUUCAUCCCUAGCAAUGCCUGUCUCUAUUUAUGGAGUCUUUAUAACCGGCUAUGCUAAUGAUGAUCCGACCAAAACCCUUUUUGGCGAAGUUUCAGGUUUGUUCAACAUUCUGCCUGAGGUUGUCGAUGUACCUGAUGAAGCUCAUAAACCUCCCUUUCAAAAUUCAACCAUUUCUUUCAGCUGA